GGGAGGGAGAUGAGAAGAAGAAGAAAAAAACUACAGAGGAAUAAUUUAAUGGCAGCGGGACAAAAAAAAAAAUUAGCUGAAUUAUUUGUGUGAAACAGUCAAUACUCUGCGCCCAAACUCACGAGCAGCCGCUGCAAUAAACGGAGCCGCGCGGAGCAGCAGACCUUCAACAUCCGGGCAACACUCGGCUCGCGCAGAAACGGAAUGGCGGAGGUGGGCAAAAAGCCCCUGAAGCAAGGCGCGGCGGUUGUGACCCAGUGGGGAGCGGACGCGGCACAGUGAUGUGAGGCCCCCAGCCGAUGAAGAGGAGCGCAUUCGACCCCCAAUGAGGAUGGCAGCGCGGUCCCACACUGCCGGUGAGCUUCCUUUGAAGGAGCUGCUGGCUCUGUAUGGCUACGCGGUGUCCGAUCCGGAGAAGGAGACCUGUCACGUGGCCGCCAGCCUGCCAGACAUGCCGCCGGACAAGGAGGAAGAGGAGUCGUUGGCGGAUGAUCUCAGGCCGUCGGUCGCCUCGAAUGCCUCAGAUCUGCUCCGCUGUAACGAACACGCAGGUGAAGACAAAGACACGUUAGUCAGCUCAUCAAACGAGGACUCUGACGAUGCAUCUAUUCCCUCCAAUGACGAACACAAGGAGAUUAUGGUUGGCUCUAUGUAUCAGGCCAAAAUCCCUCCACUCAGUGCAUAUACCUACCAGGAGAGAGCCUGCAGCGGUGAAGACCAGUGUCUGUGGAGACCAGGAGUUCUCUCCGUCCUUGAGGUGGAAGACUUCUUGCUGAACGCACAGAGGCCGCGUGGCCAGCAGGGGACGGCGCGCACGCAAACGCAGAGGGACACCGUGCGGGACAACCAACAGGCGCUGUAUGAGCUGGUGAAAUGCAACUUUAAUGCAGAGGAGGCGCUGCGACGAUUACGCUUCAACGUGAAAGUGUUCAGUGAAGAGCUUUGUGCCUGGAGCGAGGAGGAGUGUAGGAGCUUUGAGCACGGCUUUCGGGUCUACGGGAAAAACUUCCACCUCAUUCAGGCUAAUAAGGUACGGACGCGCUCCGUUGGGGAGUGUGUGGCGUACUACUACAUGUGGAAGAAGUCUGAGCGCCACGAGUACUUCACCCAGCAGGCCACGCGGCUCGGCCGCAAGAAGUUCAGCCUGCAGUCGGGGAGCAUGGAGGAUGGAGAGCAGGACGGGGAGGUCGGGGAGCUGGAAGGCAGCAACAGCUCGUUGUCUCUCAGCUCGGUGGACACUGGACAGCGGCAGUCCCCGUUGCCCGCACAGUCCGGCCUGGAUCCACACAAACAAGAUGGCGAGCCGGGGACGGGGUCGCCCGGCGCGUGCGGUGACGAGCGCCCCCCGCAGCUGUUCGGCUGCCCCUUCUCCCUCCCGCCCACGGACGACCUGCGGGACCCCGCCUCAGACACCUGCUGUCCCUCAGCUCUCGUCCAGCGCCGGGCCCGGUGGGCCGGCGGCGGCGGCGGCAGCCCUCUGUCCUGCCAUGACGACCACUGCCUACCGGGCUCCUGUUUCUACCAGCUGCACAUGUGCGGCGGACCUUUUGUCUCGGAGGGCCCCGACUGCGAGGCGGCGGGCUCGGCGGAAUCCGGCUCGCCGUCCGCCUCGCCGCCCUCGUCUCCGGCCCGACCGCCACGCUUCCAGGCCCUCGGCGGCCUGCUCCUCCCGUCCAGCGUCCCUCGCUCGCUCACACAGUGACGGGACAAUGGGAGGUUCUGCACCGGGUUGUACUCUGAAGGUUUUUUUUUUUUUCCCCUGUGCGGACGUCACCUGUGACAAAAAGAGCUUUUACCUAACUUUGUGAAAAAAGGAUGGACCUACUAGCUGAGAUGAAGGGGGGGCGGCGUCUUACUCGUCUGUCUGAACACUCUUUUUAAACUGAGUCAAGUGUUAAUCCCACUUUGAGGCAUUCAUGAACAGUUUUUACUACAACCUGCACCACGGCGGAGCUUUUGAUGAGCUAUUUUUAAGUGGCUCGCGGUCCGUUAGUGUCUAUGAACAGAAUCUAUGAUCAACUAUGUUUACCAGUUUGUUUCUUAUUUAUCAGGGUGGCAAUGCAUCCCGUUUAAUCAAAAACUUCGCCCGUGUGGAACCAAUCGCGUCCUUGCUUUGGUAUGUUCUGCUCAACGCUCGGCACUUUGAGAUCUGUGUAAAAUCUCUCCGUUGAAACUAUGUGAAGAAAACUUUAUUUAAACAUUUAAGUUUAAACGUCUUCGAUCCAUUGGGUAUUUUCAUCCUCCCUUUUUUGGUUCUUCCUACCUGUUUUUUUUUAUU